GUGUAUCUGCUGCCACGAAAAGUGUCGCUCCUGAACUGGAGAGCUGUUUUCGAAGGAAAUAAAAGGAAUACAUCGUUCAGCAUGGAGUUUAACAGGCGAUUUCGCGAUAGGAUUUCUGUUAUCCUGUUUCUUCUAGGAAGCAUCGCGGCUCUCCCUGGGUUUAAUACUGAAGAACUAAAUCUGGAUUGUACCAACAACUACGACGAUACGAUGAAUUGCCACUUCGAGGCACAAAACUGCACUGAAUACAAACUGUCUAUCAAGAUCUACAAGGACUAUGGCAGGGAGAAUUGCACUGUGAAGCAGUGUGGCACUGGACUGUGUUGUUGCUCUGUCGGUUUGGCUCUUAUACUCGGGGAGUCACACACAGCAAUAAUUCAGACAGGGAACCAACCUUUGGAAUCCAAAACCUUCGAAGUCUCAAACACCGUAAAGGCCAACACACCUACAAUCAUCCGGGUCAAUGAAUCCAACGGGAACUUCAUAGUUAUUUGGAGGUCAAACGUUAAAAAGCAAAGUAUCUUAAACACCUUGAAGGCUGAAGUGACUUACCAUAAAAAAGGAGACACAAACAAGACAGUUGUUGAAGUCAAACCAACCCAAGUUAAUGGACAGAAUAUCUUUGAAAUAUCCGGUAAGAACUUGGAACCAACAACGACAUACGUGGUCAGAGUGAGAAGCACAUCGAAAAUCAGUACCUUUUACAGUGACAGCAGUGAAGAGUAUGAAUUCACAACUCCUGUCUCCCCCAACAACAUCGUGCUCUGGGCUGUCAUCAUAAGCCUCAGUAUUUUUGCAGCCAUCCUCAGCGGUGCGAUAUACUGCUGUUGUGUAAAGUUUAAAGCUAAGUGGUGGGACUCAGUUUCUGAUUCUCAAAAUCCCAAAGUUCUUCUUAUGCAUUCAAGCGAGCAGGAGAUGUUGAAGCCCAAAGCACCCAUCAUCUCCUCUGUCUGUGUUGAGCCUUUCAUUCCAGUUGACAGCAAACCAUGGUCAAAGGGGUCACUGACAGACAGCAGCAGCAACAGCCUUCAUCAGAGCAGUGGGAUCAGUACUGGCUCCUCUUCACUCAGUUAUGCUCAUACAGAACCUGCUGACAUUAUAGCUUGUGUUCAGGACGCCCUCGGUAAAGCCUUAGCCAAUAUCAGCCCGAUAUCACCUGUCACCUCCAAUUUGCUUACAGAAUCAACCAAAGGGAGUGGUUUAUUCUCCACUCCCUACAAUACUUGUAGUGUUAAAGCUGAUGACUUGAGUUCUGGGUCAUCUGGAUUUGACAAUAAAACCUAUUCCAUCCUCAUUCCCGCCUGUCAGACAGUGACAGACAGCUCUGAGAAUCAAACACAGGCUGAGAUGCUCUGUGACUCAGCAUACCAUCCCAGUGAGGGUGACAAGCAGGCACCAGCUUGUUUAGUUCCUGUACAAGAUAUCAAUUUUCCACCAGUGGCUCCAUCUCUUAUACAAACAGAGAUGUCGUAUCAGGGCAAUGCCGACUCUGGGAGAUUUUCCUAUGCAGAAGACUCCAGUUUGUCUUCCAUCUCUAGCAGCACCAACACAACCACGUCUUAUGAUCUCUUGUCCAGAGUUGAGAACUUUGACGAGUGUGUGGUUGCGACAAAGCCUGAUGGCCAAAAUGAAGAGGUCACUGUAUGUGAUGACAAUCCCUGCUACAACUGUGUGCCCCCAAACUCAUGCGACUUUCUUCCAGUGGAUGACAACUACCAGACAUUUCAAAGUCUUGUGAAACCACCUGAUGUUUUGAUUUCAGAGCAGAGAAGUGGGGAGGAAGAGGAACAUUUUGACAGAUAUCCAGAGAAAUCAUCCACAAGCAUCCUGCAAAGCUUCAGCCCAGUGUUUCCAGAUUUCACUAAUGGUGUGCAUGGUGGUCGGUGUCUCUCUGAGCUCCAAAGUCCUUUUCUCACUGUGAUCUCUGCUGGCCAGUCUGUGCCAAUAAUCACAGACAGUGGCUAUCAAAGUGUGUAGAGCUGAUUUUAUUUUUAUUUAUUUUAUUUUUUGUGUGUGUGUGCAUUAUUUCUGAAAUUUCCGCCUCUUUUCACUAUUAUCAUGGUUGAUACAUUUUAAAAGAUGAGGGAGAGGAUCAGGAUGAUAUGAUAGGCAUUCAAAUCAUUAACAUGAUGAUUUCUGACUUUAUUCUUGAACUUGGAAGGGGCAGGAACACAGUCUCACCUCAGAGGCCAUUGAGUAGUUUUUCUCUAUCUUUUUUAUCAUGUCACAUGACCUUCAUCAGCAGAUGGAGUUUGACCAGUUGUCAUGGGAAUGUACAAACAUUUUUGAUAACUUGACUCCACAUUAAUAACUCCACUCCUUUCCAUAUUCUACAUUUCUGUGACACUUGUUGCCUGCAGAUGAAGAUCCCGUCUUCAUCAGCAACAAAAUAAACUUUUAGGCAUUAACUGUAACAUGUUUUAAAAUGUGUUGUACAAAUUAUUUCUGUUUAGUUUUGUUGAACCAAAGUUACCACAUUUUGCACUUUGCAUCUUUAUUUUGUGAAAAUGUUUUGUACAGUUUAUUAUUAGAUUAUAUGUCGGCAUGUAAAUAUAAGAAGUAAAACAUGUAUGAAGUUUGUACAUAAAAAAAAAGAAAUUGUAUACACACAUACACACACACACACACACACACACACACACACACAAACACACAUCUAUGAAACAGAACGAACUAGUUUUAAUUAUGUUUUGACUGCUUACUUGCCACAAAGUUAAAGAACACAGCUGCAGUCAGCUCAUGUGCCUCACGUGUGAUAUUCAAAUGUCAUUUGUUUUUCAUAUCUAAAUGAAUGUAGCUCAUGGAAAUGCAUUCCUUAAAUGUUAUACUGUAUACAUGCUGUGAAGACCACAGUAAGACUAAGAUAUCUAAGUGAACUAUAGAACAGUUUGUGGUACACAAUGCAGCCAUGAAUUGACUGAAUGUAGUGUCUGAAACAAACCACAACAACUCUGUUUAGGGUUGGGAAAUUACUUCCUCAUUUCUGUUCUCUGGAACUGCUGAGACAUUACCACAGAAACACGUCAGCUGCACACAGCAGUUUUUCCCAGCUAGUAUGUGUGACUCAGAGGACCUUUUUACUUUUUACGGUAUGAACGUCAAGUUUAAGGGAAUAAGUCAAUGCAACUUUUGACUGUUAAUGAAUACUUCUAUGGUUCCAAUAAAAUAUAUUUACACUGAGAAGACUGGAGUGAGUUGUGUUUUCUGGAAAGAGAAUUGUUUUUAAUACUGAGAUAUCUA